UUAAAAAGUUUUAUUGGUGCCCCUAUUCUUUUUAUAUUUAAAAAAAAUAAUAAUUUAUAUCUUUAUAUAAAUUAUAAAAGUUUUAAUAAAAUUUCUAUUAAAAAUUAUUAUUUUUUAUUUUUUAUUUUAAAGAUUCUUGAUAGGGUUUCAGAGAGUAUAAAUUUUUAUAAAAUUAAUAUUAAAAAU